AUGGACACUACCCCUUCGCCAGCCGUGUCAGGCUACCAGAACGCAUAUAGGGGCGAAUUCUUUCGAUCACGGCGCGUUAAGCCUGAAGACGUUCAGCAGCCGUGGCUUGACAAGAAGCAUCCCCGACAGAUAUGGGUUACUAUCUUUCCCGUACUUGGUCUGGUUCUUGGCUUGGCCGUGACAGGAAUACUCAUCUGGGAUGGAUUGAGGUCCGUUGCACAGCACGGCUACUGUGAAAUACUCAACGACAACUUCACCUCUUGGAAUGAAAGUCUCUGGACAAAGGAGGUCGAGCUUGGUGGCUUUGGUAACGGGCAAUUCGAGAUGACCACAGGCACAAACGAGAAUGUAUUCAUCGACAAUGGCGAGCUCGUCAUAAAGCCUACCGUCCAGAAUGAGGAGUUCAUUAUGCAGGAUCAUAUCAUUGAUCUCCGUGGUCACGGCUGUACUGGUCUUGCCUGGACAGACUGCCUUGCAUCUACCAACACAACAAAUGGUACUAUUGUCAACCCUGUCAAAUCCGGUCGCAUCAACACCAAGCUUGGCGCUUCGAUCAAAUAUGGACGCGUCGAGGUCAUUGCCAAGCUACCCGCUGGAGACUGGCUGUGGCCCUCAAUCUCUAUGUUGCCCAAGGACAGCGUGUAUGGUCCUUGGCCCCGCUCUGGUGAAAUCGAUAUCAUAGAGUCGCGUGGUAAUGCACCUGGUUAUGAGCAGGGUGGAAACAACAUUGUCUCCAGUACGCUGCAGUUCGGUCCCGACUCCAACCACAAUGGUUGGUGGCGUAACAAUGUCAAGCGAAAGGCACUGCACACCACAUAUGCGGCUGGAUACAACACAUUUGGUGUCGAGUGGUCUGAGAAGUACAUAUUUACGUACAUCAACACACGCCUUCUUCAAGUCAUGUAUACGCAUUUCGACGAGCCGUUCUGGAAGUACGGUGGCUUUCCUCUAGCCGACGCUAACGGUACCCGUCUUGACAACCCGUGGGCGCACACCAAUAGCAACACCUCGCCCUUUGAUCAAAACUUCUACCUCGUCAUCAACCUAGGUGUCGGAUCAACAAACGGCUGGUUCGAAGAUAGUAAGAGCGGUAAGCCAUGGAUCGACAGGAGCGCCCGUGCUAAACUCGAUUUCUGGGAGGCGAGAAACCAAUGGCUGCCUACGUGGAAGGACGGUGGGCAAAUGAAGGUCAAAAGCGUGAAGAUGUGGCAGCAGAAGGGACAUAAUGGCUGCAAGGUUUAA